GUCCGCUCGCGGCUAGCCCUCCGCUGCCUUUUAAAGCAAACCCGCCCAGUAUGUCACUUCCCACUCGCUCGGAGGUCGCGACACGGUGAGGAGCCACUCGGUCUCUCUGUUCAGCUCUCUCCUCUCUAUCCACAGCCCGACCUCCGCUCGUCCUCGUCGCCUUUCAGUCGACUCUCGCCGCGGUCAUGUAUCGCUAUUUCGGGGAGCUGUUGAGCCGCUCGGCGGGCAGUGCGCUGGCCUCCAGCUGCGUGGACUCCGCUCUCCCGGCGUCCGCUUCGCUGCUGCGGGUACGCCGCUACGCCGACGCGGCGACCGAGCAGCAGCCGGACGACCCCAACUUCUUCCGCAUGGUGGAGGGCUUCUUCGACCGCGGCGCCGCCAUCGUGGAGGACAAGUUGGUGGAGGACCUGCGGACCCGCGAGACCCCCGAGCAGAAGCGGCAUCGCGUGCGAGGCAUCCUGCGCAUCAUCAAGCCGUGCAACCACGUCCUCAGCGUGUCGUUCCCUAUCAAACGGGACAACGGCGAAUGGGAGGUGGUGGAGGGAUACCGCGCCCAGCACAGUCAGCACCGGACGCCCUGCAAGGGAGGUAUCCGUUACAGCACCGAGGUGUCGGUGGACGAGGUGAAAGCUCUGGCCUCCUUGAUGACUUACAAAUGUGCCGUUGUGGAUGUGCCGUUCGGAGGGGCCAAAGCCGGAGUCAAGAUCAACCCCAGGAAUUACUCUGACAACGAGCUGGAGAAGAUCACCCGCAGGUUUACCAUUGAGCUGGCCAAGAAGGGCUUCAUUGGACCCGGCAUCGACGUCCCGGCUCCCGACAUGAGCACAGGCGAGCGGGAAAUGUCCUGGAUCGCCGACACCUACGCCAACACAAUCGCGCACACGGACAUCAACGCCCACGCCUGCGUGACGGGCAAGCCCAUCAGCCAGGGCGGCAUCCACGGCCGCAUCUCGGCCACCGGUCGCGGAGUCUUCCACGGCAUCGAGAACUUCAUCAACGAGGCGUCCUACAUGAGCAUGCUGGGCCUGACGCCCGGCUUCAAGGACAAGACCUUCAUCGUGCAGGGCUUUGGCAACGUGGGUCUGCACUCCAUGAGGUACCUGCACAGGUACGGCGCCAAGUGCGUGGGCAUCGGUGAGAUCGACGGCUCCAUCUACAACCCGGACGGCAUCGACCCCAAGCAGCUGGAGGACUACAAGCUGCAACACGGCACCAUCGUGGGCUUCCCGGGCGCCAAGCCCUACGACGGGAACAUUUUGGAAGCCGACUGCCACAUCCUGAUCCCGGCCGCCGGCGAGAAGCAGCUGACGCGUCACAAUGCCCCCAGGAUCAAGGCCAAGAUUAUCGCCGAGGGCGCCAACGGUCCCACCACACCCGACGCUGACAAGAUCUUCCUGGCCAACAACGUCAUGGUGAUCCCGGACAUGUACCUGAACGCCGGCGGUGUGACGGUGUCCUAUUUCGAGUGGCUGAAGAAUCUCAACCACGUCAGCUACGGCCGCCUGACCUUCAAAUACGAGCGGGACUCCAACUACCACCUGCUCAUGUCGGUGCAGGAGAGUCUGGAGAGGAAAUUUGGCAAGCAGGGCGGACCCAUCCCCAUCGUGCCCACCGCCGACUUCCAGGCCAGAGUUGCCGGUGCCUCCGAGAAGGACAUCGUCCACUCGGGCUUGGCCUACACCAUGGAGAGAUCCGCCAGGCAAAUCAUGCGCACGGCGAGCAAGUACAACCUGGGCCUGGACCUGCGGACGGCCGCCUACGUCAACGCCAUCGAGAAGGUGUUCAAGGUGUACAACGAGGCGGGCCUGACUUUCACAUAAACGCGUCCCUCCGUCGUCUUUCCCUCCCCGCAACAGUCGUGCUUUAAACAGCCUUGGAAACAUAUCGCCGCAUAUCUUUGUAUACGCCGUCGUUUACGCGCCUUCACACGCCAGAAGAAGCAGACAAAAGUUCCACAACUGCGCAGAACAAACUAUGUAGGCGGUCCAGUUUUUGUUUUUUUUCACUGUAGUUUGAUGGCCACCUGUGUGCGCCCCCCGCUGGUUCAGAUGAGCACUGCAGAUGCCUUAAUGCUGGGAAAAAGGGAUUUACGUAAUAUCACCACAAUAAAAGGAAUCUUACAAAGAGUGAUUGGCAAAGUUUUCACAAUUAGUGACUUUUCUUUUUUAAUGAAGGGUCCAGUCAACGGUUUUUGUUUCUCCCCCCCCCCCCCCCCCCCCAUGAAGUUCUGUAAAGCAGCAUUUUGUUUGUCUCUGUCCUCCUCCUAUUUUAACCGUCCACAUCAUUUUCACGUUAGAGGACAUUUUUUGUAUUUUUUUUUUCCUUUUUGGUUGGAAAACAAUAAAAUGUUAAAACCUCAA